AGAUACUGCUGCGUUUUCUUGAAAAUGAAAGUACUGCUCUGUUAAAAGUCCUUCCCUACUCUGCUCCACGGGACAUGAGGAAGUAGAUUACUUACCAGACACACAUAAGAGCGAAAGAGUUUCUUUCGCAUCUCAACAACAUGCCUUCUUUAAAUGGAAAUCAAAACGGCAAUAAAGAAGAUGACUUUUCUGGAAAGAAACUCAAAGCACUUCCCACUGAGCUACUCCAGAGAGGUGGAGAUGCAGUCAAGGUAGAUCUACAGCGUAACAGACUCAAACAAAUCACUGGUAUCUCGCAACUGACAAACCUGAAAGAGCUCAACCUGACCAGGAAUGAGAUCAGUGAUUUCCCAGCGGAGAUUAGAGGGUUACACCAACUGGAGAAACUUUAUAUGAAUCAGAACCUUAUCAAAACCAUUCCAGAAAAUGUCUUUCCAUCCUUGGAGAAACUUCAGUUCCUAAAGUUGAGCACCAAUCGGCUUGAAAAGCUACCUGGGGAUUUGAACAGGUGCCAAGAUCUCACCUACCUGAACCUGUCCAACAACUGCCUGAAGAAUUUGGAUCCUAUUGUGAGUCUUUCACACCUUAAAGAACUUUAUGUCGAGAGGAACCAGUUGACUGAGCUACCAGGCCUUCUCUUUCAAAACAGUAGUUUAACUCUGUUCAAAGCUAAUGGCAACCCUCUUAGAAAGCCCCCUGGGGAGGUCUGUGCUGGGGGAUUGAGAGAUAUCCAGAGUUACUUUUCAAUGCUUGAGGCAAACGCCAAAAAUGUCUGCACUGUGAAGACCAUGUUUCUGGGGACCUCCAUGGCAGGGAAAUCCACUCUGUGCCGCAGUCUGAAGGAGGGUUGCCCUGUACGAGUGGAAGAGGCAGAUCGUACAGUAGGGAUCGAUAUCAGUGAAGUUGACUGGGAUGGCAUCCGUUUUUUCUUUUGGGACUUUGCUGGACAAGAGGAAUACUACAUCACCCAUCAUGUAUUUAUAACAGCUCAAGCUUUUGUUAUACUUGCCAUCAACCUUUCCAGUUACAACAUGGAUGACCAGAGUUUCAAAGAUAAUGUGAGCUUCUGGAUCAAAAAUCUACAACUUAAGGUACCAGACUCAGUGGUCCUGCUUGUGGGCACUCAUGUUGACCAGUGCAAAGAUGAGACUGAGGUGAAUGAAAAGAAAAAACACAUCAAUGAGCGGGUGAAGGCUAUGCUUGAAAUGCAUACAACUAAUUUAGAGCUCCGGAGGAAGAACCUUGAGGAUGACCCCUCUUUGAACUAUGAACAGAUAAAACAGAUCGAAAGACUCACUGAGUACAAACUAAAGGUCCUUGACUUUGUACCUAUAGAUUGCACUAAAAAGGGGGACAUUGACAUACUACUUACUCGCAUCAAAAAGGACGUUUCGAACAAAGACAUAUUCCCCAACAUAGAACAGACAUUACCUAAAUGCUACUAUGAGGUGGAGAAUGAUAUCCAAGACCUUCUGACGACAGAUGACAUUCCAGAGCAUGGAAUUGUGAGUCAAGAUGUGCUCUUGUGGAAACUGAAGAAAAGACACGUUACACUGGACGAUGACAAACUGAAGUUAAUUCUUCAGUAUCUUCACCGAAUAGGUGUCAUUAUGUGGUACAAGGAAAUCCCAGAGUUGGCGGGUUCUGUAUUUGUAAAACCGUCAUUCCUCAUCUCACUGUUCAAGACUAUUGUGAGACAUGACCUAGUCCAGGAGCUGAACAAGAUUACCCCUAUACAGCUGAAGUCAGAAAAUGCACUUGGAAUAGAGAGGAAAAGGUGGAUCAGUGACUAUAAAGACAGAGCAUCCUUAAGCAAUGUGGCUAUUAGGAUUCUGGUGCAGACUGAGCUCCAGAAGGAUUACAGCGAUACUGAUGAAGAGCUAAUUAAGGAGGUUGUUGGGUCCAAAACGAAGGAGGGGAGUCUCCUUUCACUACUAAAACACUUUGAUGUAUGUUUGUCAACCAAACAUAACAAUCCUCUCAAUCCAGAAGCCAACGAAUUCAAUCCAAAGAAAAACUGGGUGGCCUCAAAUCCAUUAGUGUAUGAGCCAGAUGCUUGUCUUUUCCCAAGUUACCUGUCAGACAACAAGCAGGUAGAGCAGAAGUGGGAAUCGGACAAUACAGAGGACCUCAACAUCCAUGUGUACUUCCUACCUGAGAUACCAUAUGGUUUCUUCCACAGGCUUGUCAUCAGGACAUGCUCCUUAUACUCUCCAUACUGGAUAGGAAAAGACCAGUGUAUGCUUUGCAGUGGCAACAAACGCUUUCUGCUCAAAGAAGGCCACGAUGAAGACCAGUUCAUUGAGAUCCGCUGCAAAGAGAGUGACCUUGAAACCUCAGAAGACAUCCAGAAAGCAUGGAGAGUGAUAAGGGAGAUUAUGAGACGACUGAACACACUGACAGAGCAGUGGCAAGGGCUGUACCAGGAAGUCAUCAGUCCCUGCAAGGCCCAGGGGUGUGAUGAAUUCUUUAAAUGGAAUGACUGGAAAGAAUGGUUAGAAGAUUCAGGAGCAAACAAAUUUAAUGUAGGAAUAGAGGACAAACAAACUUGCCGUAAUGGUCACCAACGAAGGACGGAGUUGCUGUUCCCUAAAACUCCUGAUGCCUAGACCUGAAGGGAGGACACAUAUAACAAAUAAUAAUAUAAAAAAUGACUUGACUUGAUGUAAAAGGUAUGAUCCCCACAUCAGACUACAAAUGUGACAUUAAACAGUUUGACUUUUAUGUUACGUUUACAUGAUUCAUGAAUAAUCAACCUGACUGUAAGAACGGAAAAUGUAUACUAAUGUCUUAAUAUUUUCGAGACAGCAAAUUAUAAUGGCUCCAAACCAAUGAUCUAGUAGUCUGCAUCCUAUUUAAUAUAGUUACGUUUUUUUUUUUUUGUUGUUGUUGUCUAGAAUGGACAAUCUAAAAUUAUUUAGGUGAAAAUACACUAGAUUUUUGUAGUCUAAUCUCAGUAAGAAAUUGUUCAGUGGAUAUGUUGUCUUGUACAAACAUAUUGUCACCGCUAGGGGGUGAUCUAUUCAUUUACGUUACACAUUUUGAGAACUACUUGUGGAGGGCUAAAGUAUUGCUGUUGUGGAGUCCUGGCUUUAUCAUGUUAUGAAUUGUUCAAUAAAGUUAUCCAUAUACCAAAGUA